UUGAGAGAGAGAAUUUAGUAAAACCUAGUCGGAGACGACGACGACGACGACACAGGAGAAAUUUCAUUGAUUGGAAGGCAGUAAUCAGAGUUGUAGCAUCAAACAAAGCUAAUAAUUUGAAUAAUCUCUUACUGAAUAAUGGGGAGCAGCAAUUGGAGAAGAACGUUUGGUAACGUAAGAACAUUCGCCGGCAAUUCCAUGGGAGGAUUGAGAGGAAGGACUAACCUCGCCUCCUGGAUCGUCGCCGGCACCAUAGCCUACUUCCUCUGGGUCAAACCUUCCCAAGAUCUCCGCAGAGAACAACAGGAAAGGGCAGCUCUUGCCGCAGCUUCAGACCCUUAUCGUUAUGUCGAAAAACGAAAACCUAUUCCAGAUCCUCAGGAUAAUGGUCUAAUAUAUGGAAACAAGAAGAAAGCUGAUAAAUCCGAUGAAUAAACCAAUAAUGGUGGUUCAAUACUAAUGCGAGUAAGAGCAAUUGGAUCAUAUAUGUACUACUACUACUUAUGUGAUUAAUUCUUAACUGUAUACACAAUGGAGAGGAAUACCAACUUCUUCGAUCUUAUUUAUUGUAGGAGAGUUCCUUAAGGAAUAAUAAAUUAUUUGCAGAUUGUUUUCCCA